AUGCCUCCCGUCCCCCAUUUGCCUACCAAGUCGCAAAAUGAUAUCAGCUCCGGAUUCCACCUAGCUGAUGGCCGAGGAUACAUGCUUGAUCGUGGCUAUUUUGCCUCGUCUAGGCUCAAUUUUCAGUUUUAUCUCUGGAAAGAGUCCUUACAUUUUAAUUUGCAUCCAUCUAUCUCUACCCCAAUAGAAAAUUUGCGGGUUGCAGAUAUUGCCACAGGAACUGGAUUAUGGCUCUUUGACCUAGCUCGGGAGUUACCGGAGUCCGCACAGUUGGAUGGAUUUGAUAUCAGCCUUGCAAAUGCCCCUCAGAAACAUUGGUGGCCGCAAAAUGUUACAAUAAAACAGUGGAAUAUUUUUGAUGAUGUGCCGGAAGAAAUGAUCGGAAAAUAUGACAUCGUUCACCUGAGACUAUUGAUUCUUGUGGUUGAGAACAGCGAUCCAAGGCCUAUCAUUCAAAAGGUCCAUAAGAUGUUAAAGCCAGGUGGAUAUAUUCAGUGGGACGACCUGAAUUACCCGGAUACACAUGUCAGACAUCCUCUAUCAGCAGCAGCAGCCUCAACUCCAGCCUUUGAUUCCCUGCGAGAGUUCGUGUACUCCAACGGCCGACACGAUUGGGUACUGCAACUUCCUAGGAUCCUCAAUAGCGAAGGAUUUGAGGGUGCCAGACAAUUCAACUACGUGGAUAGACCUGAUCUCACAAAAGCAAACGGUGAUCAACAUCUUCUAACAAUGGAAGAGUUUGCAACGACCCUGGCGGCUGCAGGCAAUCACCAGGCUUCGGAGAAGAUAUUCAAUUUGAUUGGCGAUGUGUAUCAGGAAUCAAUGACCGGAGCAGCCCUGUCUAUGCCACGAGUGGUCAACAUUGCCCGGAAAAAAAGCGGCGAAACACCGCACUCUGUAUUAUAG